UCCCUUCUCGCUACAUCUAGUGACUGACACAGAGGAAGGGGAGCGUAUAAAAAUGAAGUGAGGCGGUCAGGGAAAUCACAGCCACAGCGAGCACUGAGAAGGCGACACAGCACCAUAGAUCUACUGCAAGAAACACAGCACAAGAAUGCAAUCCACGAAAAGCAACCCAAGAGAUGCCACUGGCAGUGAUCUGUCUGACCAAAUAAAAGCAGCCACCAAAGACAGUCAUGUCAGAGCUGAGAACACACAACUGAUGCUCAACUACCAGAAAGGACAGAUCACGCAAACACAGUAUAAGCUCCUGCUGUGUUCUCUUUAUGAGAUCUACAGAGCGCUGGAGGAAGAGCUGGACAGGAACGCCGCUCAUCCUGCGGUUCAGCCCAUCUACUUCCCUCAGGAGCUGGCCAGACUGGAGUCUCUGGAGCUGGACCUGGAGCACUUCUUCGGACCCCACUGGAGGAAGAGAGUAACAGUGCCUGCCGCCACUCACAGAUACACCCAGAGACUGAGAGAGAUUGGCAAGAACAGCCCGGAUCUCCUGGUGGCUCAUGCAUAUACGCGCUAUCUUGGUGAUUUGUCAGGAGGACAAGUGCUGGGCAAAAUUACCCAGAAAUCUUUGGGACUGAGUGGCAACAAGGGAAUUCUGUUCUUCUCGUUUCCUGGAGUGUCGAGCCCCAACAGAUUCAAGCAGCUGUACAGGAGCAGAAUGAACAGCAUUGAGUUAACAGAGCAGCAGAGACAGGAAGUGCUGGACGAGGCCACUAGAGCUUUUGAGUUCAACAUCGAGGUUUUUGAUGAUCUUCAGAAAAUGCUGAGCAUCACAGGGGAAGCUUCAAGUGACAAAGGAAAUAAUGCCGCAACCAAAACCUUCUCCAGCUCUCCAGUGCUGCAGUUCGCAUUGGGUGUGGGAAUCACUUUGGCAACUGUUGGAAUGGGAGUUUAUGCUUUUUAAUCACAUUUUUCGACCACUUUUUAACAUCUUAAUACUAUGACGAGGUCAAAUCUACAGGCUAAUCUUUUAAAAACACUAAUCAUGGAUAUUAUAAAACAUGCACCCAGUAAUAAAUCAGAUGCAUCAAGUAAUUUUAAAAAAGUGAAUUCUCAAAUAGAUUUAGAAAACAAGUAUCAUGUUAACACUCUCAGAUUUUUAAAAAGCACCUUUGCCUUUGUAACUGCUUUCGAUGUAUUUCUGUGAAAUGCAAUAAAGCUAUUUUUUACAUUCAA